AAUUUUUUUUUAGUAUAGAAUACCACUUAAUUACCUUGGUUGACACAUUAAAGCUCUUAUAAGCACAACCAUUAUAGACUUCAUUAAGAAGUGUGUGGAUGUUUGCGUGCUGAAGAAAUGAAUUCAAAUAUUCCCCAACCGGAAACUAUGAAUGAACCAGGAGAUCUGCUCCCUACAACAAUGAGACGGACUACAGGAAGGACAUGAGUGCUUAACAGCUUGGUGUAAAGACAAUGGUAUCUCCACCAACACCACAAAACGAAGGAACUGGUCAUUGACGUCAAGAAGUAGAGUGGAGGGCAAGCCCCUGUCUGCAUCACUGGUGCUGAGGUAAAGAUGGUCGAGAAAGCCAAGUUCCUGGAAGUGAUGAUCACCAAUAACCUGCCCUGGUCCACCCACAUUGACGCGAUGGUCAAGAAAGUACAGCAAUGUCUCUACUUAUUCAGAAGGCUAAGGAAAUUCAGCCUGUUCACAUGACUCUGACCAAUUUUUAUAGACACAUCACAGAAGGCAUACUAUUUGAAUGCAUCACUGCUCUUCCCAAGAUGGCAAGAGAUUAAAUGAGUUGUGAACAUAGCCCAGUCCAAUAUGCAAGCCAGCCUUCCAUCCAUUGACUCCAUCUGUAUGUCUCGCUGCCUUGGAAAACCAGCCAGCAUAAUCAAAGAUCCCUCCCACCCUGUUACACUCGCUUCCGUUGGGUAGAAGAUUUAAAGGUUUGUGUACGUGUAUGAACAGAUUCAAGAACAGCUUCUUCCCUGCUGUUAUCAUAUUUUUUAAUGGACCUCUUUAAUGUUAAUGUUGAUCUCUCUCUGCACCUUCCCUGCAGCUGUAACAUUGUAUCCUGUGCUCUGUGCUGUUACCCUGAUGCACUUGUAUAGUACGACCUGCCUGUAAAGCACGAGAUGGGAGGAUACUUCAUAAUAAAUGGGAUAGAAAAAAUCAUUCGGAUGCUGAUCAUGCCACGACGAAAUUUUCCUAUUGCUAUGGUGAGACCCAAAUGGAAGAGCAGAGGCCCCGGCUUUACGCAGUAUGGCAUAAGCAUGCGCUGUGUGAAGGAUGAGCACACUGCCGUUAAUAUGAACCUCCAUUAUCUUGAUACUGGCACCAUAAUGGUCAACUUCAUUUACCAGAAGGAGCUCUUCUUCAUACCGCUCUGCUUUGCAUUGAAGGCAAUGGUUGAUUUCACAGACUACCAGAUUUACCAAGAGUUGAUUAAGGGAAAAGAGGACAACUCAUUCUUUAAGAGUUGUGUGGCACAAAUGUUAAGAACGGUGAUGAUGGAAGGAUGCACUACAAAGAAGCAGGUCCUAAAUUACCUGGGAGAACGAUUCCGUGUGAAACUCUAUCUCCCAGAGUGGUACACAAAUGAGCAAGCUGCAGAAUUCCUAUUUGAUCAGUGCAUCUGUAUACAUCUGAAAUCCAAUGUAGAGAAGUAUUACUUACUCUGCUUGAUGACCCGGAAGCUGUUUGCAUUUGCCAAGGAAAAAUGCCAGGAAGAGAAUCCAGAUAGUUUGAUAAAUCAUGAAGUGUUGACUCCUGGACAGCUCUAUUUAAUGUUUUUGAAGGAGAAAAUGGAGUUUUGGUUACAGUCCAUAAAAUUAGCACUGGACAAAAAGAGCCAGAAAGGAACUAUGCAGAUUAAUUCUGAAAACUUAAUGAAAGUGUUUAAUUUAGUGCCAGAUCUGUCACGACCAUUUGAGUAUCUUUUGGCAACAGGAAACCUGCGUUCAAAAACUGGUCUGGGAAUGCUGCAGGAUUCGGGUUUGUGCAUUGUAGCAGACAAGCUCAAUUUUAUUCGAUAUCUUUCCCAUUUUCGCUGUGUGCACAGAGGAGCAGCCUUUGCUAAGAUGAGAACUACUUCAGUACGCAAGUUACUGCCAGAGUCCUGGGGCUUCCUGUGCCCUGUGCACACUCCAGAUGGAGAGCCCUGUGGGCUAAUGAACCACUUGACUGUCAUUUGUGAAAUUGUGACCCAGACAUCAAGUACAGUUUCUUUGCCAGCUUUACUCUGUGCGCUGGGUGUUACGCCAGUGGAUGGUCGACCCAUCAAGCCAUUUUCUGAAUGUUACCCAGUUCUGCUGGAUGGUGCUGUAGUUGGCUGGGUAGAAAAAGAAAUGGGACCUAGUAUUGCUGAUACACUACGCAACUUUAAAGUGCUCCAGUUGAAAAAAGUCCCUCCGUGGAUUGAAAUCGUUCUUAUUCCAAUGAUGAAUAAGCCCAGCAUUUAUCCAGGAUUGUACCUCUUCACCACUAUGAAUCGGAUGAUGCGGCCUGUCAGAAACCUGGCCUUGGGAAAACAGGAGCUGAUUGGGACUCUUGAACAGCUGUACAUGAAUAUUGCUAUCACUGAGACGGAUAUCUUGCCGGGAGUAACGAGCCAUCAGGAACUUUUUCCUCAUGCCAUGCUGAGUGUUGUGGCUAAUUUCAUCCCAUACUCUGAUCAUAAUCAAAGUCCUAGGAACAUGUAUCAGUGUCAGAUGGGCAAGCAAACAAUGGGAUUUCCGUUAUACACUUAUCCAGACAGGUCUGAUAAUAAACUCUAUCGCCUACAAACUCCUCAGAGUCCUCUCGUGCGACCGCACAUGUAUGACUUCUUUAAUAUGGAUAACUAUCCCACAGGGACAAAUGCUAUUGUAGCUGUCAUCUCAUACACUGGAUAUGACAUGGAAGAUGCUAUGAUUGUCAACAAGGCAUCCUGGGAGCGAGGAUUUGCCCAUGGAAGUGUUUAUAAGACUGAAAUGAUAGACCUUGAACAAAAGGUUAAGCAAAACAAUGGUAUCUUUGUGUUUGGUGUCAAACCUGGUGAUAAACGAGCAGCUCAGAAACUUGAUGAAGAUGGAUUGCCAUUUAUUGGGGCUGUCCUGGAGUAUGGUGAUCCGUUUUAUAGUUAUGUGAAUCUCAACACUGGAGAUAGUUCUGUGGUGUACUACAAGAGCAAAGAAAACUGCAUAGUAGAUAACAUUAAAGUCUGUAGCAAUGACAAUGGAACAGCGCUGUUUAAACGUGUGUGCAUCACGAUGAGGGUCCCUCGUAAUCCCACUAUUGGAGAUAAGUUUGCUAGUCGACAUGGUCAAAAGGGCAUCUUGAGUCGAUUGUGGCCAGCAGAGGACAUGCCAUUCACAGAAAGUGGAAUGACGCCAGACAUUCUGUUCAAUCCCCAUGGAUUCCCUUCACGUAUGACCAUUGGGAUGCUGAUUGAAAGCAUGGCAGGUAAGUCUGCUGCUAUGCAUGGCCUGUGCCAUGAUGCCACACCAUUCAUGUUCUCUGAGGAAAAUUCUGCCCUGGAGUACUUUGGGAAGAUGUUGCAAGCUGCUGGCUACAACUACUACGGUACAGAAAGGAUCUACAGUGGCAUCAGUGGGAUGGAGUUGGAAGCAGAUAUCUUCAUCGGGGUGGUUUACUACCAGCGCCUGCGUCACAUGGUAUCUGACAAGUUCCAAGUUAGAACUACUGGGGCGAGGGAUAAAGUGACGAACCAGCCUUUGGGAGGGAGAAAUGUCCAGGGUGGUAUUCGAUUUGGGGAGAUGGAACGUGAUGCUCUGUUGGCACAUGGAACGUCCUUCUUGCUUCAAGAUCGUCUGUUCAAUUGCUCCGACCGUUCUGUAGCCCAUGUGUGCACCAAGUGCAGCAGCCUUCUGUCGCCAGUACUGGAAAAGCCCCCGCCAUUGUGGUCUGCCACACGUCACAGAAAGUACCAGUGUACUUUGUGUCAUCAGUCAGGUACCGUUGAGAUUGUCUCUGUGCCUUAUGUUUUUCGAUACUUUGUAGCUGAACUGGCAGCGAUGAACAUUAGUGUUCAACUUGACGUGAGAUGAUAUGACAGAUUCACUUUAGUGGUUUUUAAAUUAAGUGGAUUUCACUCACACUGUAUAAAAUGGACAGACUGUGAGCAAAGGUGAUAUCUGGUAAUAACUGCUGUGCUGAAAGAUCAGCAAAACUAUUUCAAACUGAUUUAUAUUUAGAUCUUGCUGUCGACUCUUGGUGGCAGCACAUGCACUGGUAUUUCAUGGAAUUUGGCUGAGAAUUAAGUUACUUUUGACUGAAUGUAAAUAACAAACCAAAAGUUACAUUUAUCAGAGGACCUUUUGGGUGAAUUGUAUACUACAUCUUAAUAUUUACAGACUUUAACAUGAUUUAAUUUUGUUGUCCUAAAAGAAAUUGCAGUCUCAAUGCACAGUCUGAAAUCUAAGUUAUGAAGGUCUGAGGAGUGCUGCUAUGCAAAGAGCUCAACAAUAAAUAUCAUUUAUUUUUGAAGAAAAAUUGCUUUUACUCUCCUUCUUUGAAGCAUUAUUUGUGUCCGAAGAGCUCCUUCUGAUCCACUUGAGCUUUGGCACUUUAAAAGAGACUGUCUACUACAAUGAACUGUUUUCUCUUUUGGAUCUUCAUUACCUCCCUGGAUGGAGUUUGAUUACUUGUUCCCAACACAGGAAAAGGGAAAUCCAGAAUUUUUCAAAUUGUGAUUUCAGUUGAUGAUGACUGGGAGAAAACCUCACUGCUGAAGUCUUUUACAUGAGAUA